AUGGCUGCUCGUGCCCAAAACAUCGGUAUCAAGGCCAUUGAGGUCUACUUCCCUACUCAGUGUGUCGACCAGGUUGAGCUUGAGAAGUACGAUGGCGUCGCUGCUGGAAAGUACACCAUCGGUCUCGGACAGACCAAGAUGAGCUUCUGUGAUGACCGUGAGGAUAUCUACUCCAUGACCCUCACCGUCCUCUCCUCCCUCAUGAACAAAUACAACAUCGACCCCAAGUCCGUUGGAAGACUCGAGGUUGGCACUGAGACCCUUUUGGACAAGUCCAAGUCCGUCAAGUCCGUUCUCAUGCAGCUUUUCGCUCCUCACGGAAACACCAACAUUGAGGGUGUCGACAACGUCAACGCCUGCUACGGUGGCACCAACGCCGUCUUCAACAGCAUCAACUGGCUCGAGUCCUCCGCCUGGGAUGGCCGUGAUGCCGUUGUGGUCUGCGGUGAUAUUGCCCUGUACGCCGCUGGUGCUGCCCGCCCUACUGGUGGUGCUGGUUGCGUCGCCAUGGUCAUUGGCCCCGAUGCUCCUAUCGUCUUCGAGCCCGGUCUCCGUGCCUCCUACCUCACCCACGCCUAUGAUUUCUACAAGCCUGACCUCACCAGCGAGUACCCCGUUGUCGAUGGUCACUACUCCCUUCGUUGCUACACCGAGGCUGUCGAUGCCUGCUACAAGGCCUACGACGCCCGUGAGAAGACCCUGAAGGCCCAGACUAACGGUGCCAACGGUGCCGCCGACGAGUCCCUGUCCCCUCUGGACCGUUUCGACUACAUCUUGUUCCACGCCCCUACUUGCAAGCUCGUCCAGAAGUCCUACGCUCGUAUGCUCUACAAUGAUUUCCUGGCCAAACCCCUCCCACCCUGCUUUCGCCGAGGUUGCCCCUGA